UGACAGAGCUCUCGUCCAAUGGGAGCCGCGGAGGGAAGGCGCAGAGAAAUCCUCUGACUUUACUACGAAGGUGACGCGCAGCCAAGGCGAUGGAGAGAAACCGUGUCAAAAUGCUCGUUUAAUGUUUGAAGAAAAGUAAGAUGCCUGGUUUAGUGUCAUGCCUUGGCGAUCUAAUAGUCACUGGAAUCAUCAUCCUCUUCUCUGACCACGUCCAGUCAGAGAUAUGGACCAAUGAAGUUUCAGACGUCCAGUUCGGUGGACUGGGCUCCAGGGUCACGCUCACAUGCGGAGGUGCUCACGGCGGGUCUCCAGUGGAAUGGCGGUUCAAUGGGAGCUCAGUACCGCUGUGGCAGAUACACCAGGGCUCGCUUACGCUACUGAACACCACACACUCGAUGGAAGGCAACUACAGCUGCCAUGAUGAACGAGGAACUUUACUGCACUCCAUCAAACUACGCCUGGGCUAUCCGCCUCAUUUUGUCCGAAUUUCUUGUCGUAUGCCGAGUCAUAUGAACAUCUACUGCUCCUGGGUACAAACUAAGACAACACACCUGCCCACGUCAUACAGGACCUCCUACAGUGUUAAUAAAGGCAGGCAGGUGGACGACUGCGAGCAGAAGCACAUUGGGUUGAAUGAGUGUAUAAUUACUAACCCACCGUUAUGGACCUCAAAGUUCCUGGUGAACAUCACCGAAAUCAACCCUCUGGGAUCCAACUCCACCAUCGUCCAGAUAGACAUUCAUGAACUCUUGAAGCCGGAUCCUCCCGAGGACGUCCAAGUUCUUCAGGUGGAAGGUCAGCCCACUCAGUUACUGGUCCAGUGGAGUUAUCCUUCAUCCUGGACGGUUGAAAUCAUGCCCGCUUUUCCCUUAACCUUCUCACUGCGUUACCGGCCGAUCGGCUCCAGCUACUGGUCGACACUGGAGACAGAGGACAACACUAGUCUAAAGAUCAUGGACGCUCUAGUGGGUCACCUUCAUCAGAUCCAGAUCAGAGCUCAGGACGCCCUGAUCAACCACAGCCAGUGGAGUGAAUGGAGUCAUGUGGUAGAGGUCCGGCCGUGGAUCGAGCCUUGGGAAGAGCCAACAGAGGAACUGAUGGAUUUUAGCUUUCCAUUUUUCAACUUGUCAUUUCCAGUGAGGACCACAGACAAGUCUCCAGAUUCAUCAUUACACCAGAACGGAAGCCUCGGUCUGUUGAUUUUGUUGGGUCUGUUUGCAGCGUUCAUGGUGGCUGUGUUAUUAACCAUCAUCGCACUUCUACGGGUCAGACAAAGAAAACAGGACAAUGUGAAGAAAGAAGAACUGGCUUCCAUGGUGAAGAUGAAAUCCAUACCGGUCUAAAAUUUGAGAAGUCGGCCGUCUCCAGUUCGGCCCUCAUAGGGCAUCAGUAUAGGGAAUCAGCACCACUGACAGACUCCAUUACCCACAAUCCACCUCUCCUCUCUGAGUCCCGUGAACUGUGAACAUGAACAGUCUCCAAUGUAGCACACAAUGCAAUGGAAAAAAAAAACACAAGGAUUUCCUUUCUCCUUUCACAGCAAAUUCUUGGACAAUGAAAAGCAUAUUUUUGUAUUGCUCUUUUCCUUCCCGUUUCACCCGCGCUCUACUGGACUCCACUUCUGACACACGCUGUUCUGUGAAAAGGCUUUUGCCCGGACACACGCAGCAUACGGGGCAUUAUGGAGAAAGUGGCGAAAAAGACACUCUGUAACCUUUAGACAGCUGCUAUCUUUGGAAGACAGAAGGUUGGCGAAGGAAGCGGAGUCUUUCUGUGGAGAGACAAAAACUGCUUUGUCUUUCUUCCUGCGCUCAAAACCGGUGGACGGACGGACACAUCUGCAGUUGAUCGGCUUCGUCUGGUUAGUUCCCAGCCAGAUGUGGCAUCUAAAGCAUCGCGUUCUCGCUCAUAAACUCCCGUAAAAUGCAUUUCACCAUGACAUCAGCCUCGGAGUUCAUGUCUUGACCGUAAACGCCAGCGACGGUUACGAACUCGCUUCAAUGCCAUAAAUGCAUUUGGUUUCUCUGGACUUUUUGGGCAUUUUCUCUGCAUUGAAUCCAGACAUGAAUGUAAAUCGGUCUUACAGUGGCACAUCUGUAAGGCGAUCCAAGCUGAUUGUUUCUAUGUUGAAGCUAGUAGAUAUUCACAAUAUUAAGUUCUAUUGAAGCUCAUCUAUACAAUGAUAUCAUUAGACAUUUAUGCAUUUAUAUUGUGUAAUAAUUUGUAUACAGCAUACUGUUCUGUUGUACAUUGCUCUCCAGUGACAUAAAGCUCGAUGCAUGCGUUUUUGUAAUUCUUUUAAAGUGUAUGAUUUUAUUGAAUGAGAAGAUUUUAAUAUGCAUAUCCUUCCUAUAGAUACAAAGAAACAAAAAUACGGAAAGUUGUCCAAAGAAAGAAAUAAAGUGGAUAGUGUCUGGAAUAUGUAUCUAUGGAAGCUUUUUUUUUUAUCCAUGGGAUAAAAAAAAAAAAUAAUUGUUACUUUCUUGAAUCUCAAAAAUCUUUUUUUCUUGACUUUUUCUUUUCUCGCAGUUCUGACUUUUUUUCCCGCUCUCACAAAUCUAAGUUUACAUUUUCACAGUUUUCUGUAAAAAAUUAAAAAAGAAGUAAUUGAAUAAAAUAAAAACUAAAAACACUUACUUUCUCUCUCUCUCUCUCUCUCUCUCUCUCUGUCCAGUGGUAGAAAAAAAAAAAAAGCUUCCAUAGGUACUUUUUUUUUAUCAUUUUUUUAUUUUUUUUAUGACAUUUAAUAAAAAAACCCACAAAUUUCUAUUCUGGGUUUUGCACCAAAUGAUUUCAUAAUUGGGGUUUCUUGUUGAUAACAGCUAUUUUUACAUAAAGACCAAAAGUUGAACUAACAAUAAGUGGGCUUUUAGUUUUUGGAUUUCUAUUAAAGAUGUCACUGUGAUUCUUUCUUCUUGAUUACUCUAAUAAUUCAUUGAAGAUGUUUGCCAGGUGUUUUUUGUACAUUUCUUCAUGUAUUUUUGCAUCAUUUGCUCAUGACCUCUGCCGUUCGUGUGCCUUAACGUUUCACCAGCAAGAUGAUUUGUGUUUCUGUAGGAUUCAUAACGCACGUGCCUGAGAUUGGUGCUCUGAUAAUACUUCACUUUAAGACAGAUUGUGAUUGACCAGUGAAUCAUUUAUGCAUAAAUCUUUUGUUUUGUCAGUCAUAUUUAAGACUAUACUCUUGGUUUAGCCGGUCAUAUAUUCUUCUUUCCCUGCUUUGAUUAAAGUGCUCCUGCGUGUGAGAGUAUGUGUUCAUUUAGGCUGAACUUUGGAUUUGAUUGACGAAAUGAUCAGGAACAUCCAGUAAAUCACUGCUUCUCCACUGGUUUUGUUUCAUCCAACAGACCCUCAUGUUGUGUUCCCGUCAUCUUGACCUGGAAAGGAUUUUCUUUUUUCCAAAACUGUUAUUGCAUUGGACUAAAACUUUGCUCACACAGGAUAUAAAAAUUUCCUCCCAAAAAUGGAUGAUUUUGGGAUAAAAAAAAAAAAACACACAAAAAAAUUGCUUGUACAUUUAUUGUUAUUUUAUGCUAUUGCCAAAUAUUGGAUUACAUUUUCAGUAUACGUGUUUUCUCUCAAUUAUCACAGCUUUUGUUUUUCUUUUUGCAGCUGAUUGCUUGUAGACCUCAUUGAUCUGAGCUUAUGAGUGAAUUUUGAGUGAACAUUGCCAAAAUUAUCAAAAACUACAAGACCUAUAUGAUAAAUCAGUUCCAAAAAGAAAGAUCAAGCCUGUGCUGAUUGAUAGUGAACAAACUGAUAUAAAGGUGGAAUACAAUAUUUUAUUAUAAAUAAUAAAUCCAAGUGAGUAAUUUAAGUUUUUUGUCCCCAGUUUUAAAUGUAAUUUAUUUUAUUUUUAGCAUCAUAAGGCUUAAAUUGUAGAAUCAUUUUUGAGCGUAAAAAAAAAAGUUAAGUAUUUUAUUUUGUAUUUGCUGGUGCUGUUUUUUCCCCCUAAUUUUUACUUAAAGUUAUUUCAUUUCAUUUAAUUUUACAAUAAAGGCCAAAAUUGUUUAUCACACAAAAUAAACAAAUAUCCCAGUAACUAGUCAUUUAAGAUUCUUUUUUUCAGUUUAUUUUUUUUUUUUUUACUUAAAUGUAUUUUAUUUUAUUUUAUUGAAUUAUAUUUUAUGUUACGGCAAAGGCCUAAAUUGUUUAUCAAACAAAAAUGAUUGAAUUCAAACAUGGAAAUCUUUUAAU